UAAUCGUGCGGCGUCGCUCGCACUAAACCAGCUACCCUGCAGGUUUAGUGCGGUACAGUAAUAUGGUCGAAAAUCAGUAAUAUGGUCGCUUUUUUCUCCCAUUUAUUGAUUUUAAUUAAUUAAAUAUCAACACCAUGACCAAAUAUGACCCUGAAGAAGAGAAAAGGAUGGCCCAGGCCUCCGAUUUCUAUGCCAGAAACCCACACGUCAAAAAAUCUGCGAUUGCGCGUCAAUUCAGGGUAAAAUAUCGACUCUGGAAAGCGCGUUUGGCAGGACGAAAAUCACAGAACACCAAAGGGGCCUACAACAAAGCACUUAAUCCUGAUCAGGAGGAGGGCGUCAAGCAGUUUAUCGAUUUCCUGAUCUAUUUAGGCCAUAAAGCUGAUCUCAAAACGGUUCGGGCGGCGGCAAACAAGAUUCUAGCUAAGAGCGCGUCCACCCACCAAGUUACGCGUAUAUGGGCUCAACGAUGGUUCAAACGGAACAAAGCAUGGUUUAAAACCCUUCGUGCGAAGACACUAGCACAAGAGCGGAAGGCGGCAAAUCGAAAGGAGAAUCUGGAAGAGCAUUUUAAUGAGUAUUAUGGGGCGUUAGAGAAGUUUGGGAUCUGCUUUGAAGACGUGUGGAAUAUGGACGAAACUGGCUUUCGCAUCGGCGUUUUGAAUGGAAAGAUCGUUAUUACACACCUUAAUACGAAAGCUGUCUACUUGGCAGAUCCCGAUAAUCGAGAAUCACUUACUGCGAUCGAAACUAUAUCUGCUGGGGGCGAAGCAAUUACACCAUUCCUGAUUUUGAAGGGGGAGAUCCUAUUAGAAGAACACUUUAAUAACGACCUUGAUACCGAAACAGUCUUCGCCACGAGCUCCACUAGAUAUAUAAACGAUGCUUUAAGCCUCAAAUAUAUCAAGCACUUCCAUAAUCAGACAUAUCAACGAAUACAGGGCAAGUGGAGGAUGUUGAUUUUUGACGGUCAUGGCUCCUAUACUUCAGACGAGUUCUUAUAUUAUUGCUGGUCCCACAAGAUUUCGAUACGGGGAAGGACGUUCAAGCGCAGGACGAUUCUUAGUACCUUUAGUAAAGCGGGCCUUUUAGGGCGAGAAACGAUACGGUAUGCAUAUGACAAGCUAGCUCAAUUCGUACCAAAAGAAGACAAGCAAACCGAGAUUUCACCUCUACGAACCCCUCUAAUAUCGAAACCCUUCCAAAACCCCCCUAUAUCUGCGAAUCGUGCGGCACACAAUACCUAUAUAUGUCAACGUUUAGACGACUAUUUUAUCCUUGGAAGGGACGAGGAGGAGUACGCUCUCAUACCGACUGAGCCUAAGUUACUUAGGGCAAGCUUAAUUAUGGAAAGAGAGCUUGCAAGAGAGAAGGCAGGCAGGAAGCAUGUGCAAAAACAUGGGGUCAUUUCCAAGGGUUCGGCAGUUCGUCAAAUCGCACAUCGCAGAGAGUCCCUUUUUACCGCUAAAGAGAUGGACAAUAACGCCUACCUAAAUCGACGAAUUAGGGAAACUAAUGCAUAUAUUACGAAGCAUAUUACUGGUAAGCUUCCACGCCGGAGACGUGCUCGUGGGGAAACAGCUCCGUACGAUUUAGGGGAGCCCUUUGGCUAUAGAGAUGAACCACCAUUUGUCGAUUAUGGUGAUACUGGUCUCAAGGCUCACUACCAAAAAUUGACGGCAAAAUGGGAGGAACAGAGGCAAAUUGAUCAUAAGACAGAGCUUUUUCAUGCGAAUAAGAUGGAUUUUAGGCUAGCUUCCCCUGGAUACGAAGAGGAGUGGGUUGGUGAGUUUGGUGAUAUGCGGGUGGAAAUGCUAGCUAGAGAGCUUGGUUUUGUGAGGCCACCACCCAACCCCCCUUCAUUUUAUGAUAAUGGUUUUGGUAAUAUAGUUAGAUUGGAUGCUAAUGGGGAGGAGACAAUUAUUGGAUACACGAAAUAGGACGUGGUUGUUAUGUAAUUAAUUGAUUUCUAAGUUAGUGGCAUUUUGGGGGGGUCGCCGAUGACCUGAAGUAUGUAAUAUUUCCACCAUUUUUUACUAUAUGCAUAUGCGAUAUGAAAGUAAGAGAAUUUGAUUUAUUAAUUAUAGUAUGAACGCC